AUGGCUCGCGAAAUGUUGAUGGAUACUCUCAAGAAGCAGUAUGGAGUCAAGAAGCAGUAUGGAGUCAAGAAGCAGUAUGGAGUCAAGAAGCAGCAUGGAGUCAAGAAGCAGCAUGGAGUCAAGAAGCAGCAUGGAGUCAAGAAGCAGCAUGGAGUCAGGAAGCAUCUUCAAGUCGCUGUAGAUGCUCCGGUCUUCGUGCCCGCUGGCGUCUACACACCACCAACAUCGAAGGCACCUUCUUCCUCUUCGACAAAUCCUAAGCACAACGAAAGUUCGCAUACAUACACACCACCAGACCGUGGUGUCGAAAGCGAUGAUGAAGAAUCUGUCUGCACAGAGCAACCAGCACCUGAGUUCGCCAAUCUUGACUACUCUACCGCCAUGUAUGAUUCGGACAUUCGCAAAUGGCUGGCAGAUGAUCGCACGAAUCUGGCACCAUCGAGUUAG